AUGAAAAAGGGCGCUCUCCGUGGUUGGUUUAGUUCAAGUACCGAGGCCCCGUCAGACAAGGGUAAGCCAGCCAAUACCAGCAGCUACAGCAGCCCAACUCGCAUCAGCGCCAACUCGAGCCGCAGCAGCUCCAGUGCAUGUCCCAGUCCUAGACCCUCGCCCGGCGGAGCCCGACCCAGCACAGUGGCAGCGCCAGGAGGAAAGCGUAGCAGUGACACCACCACUACUACUACCACUUGUAACAACAAUACCGCCGCCCCGACUAAUAAAGACAACACCACUACUACCACAACCACAACCACAACCACUAGAAAUCACGAUAUUAACAGAAGGUAUCGCGCAUCUCGUAUCGACGACGACAGCAGAGGAGUCUCAUUUUCUCGCUCCAUCUCCCCCUCCGGACUUUACCAGUCCACAUCGUCGGCCUCACCUUCACCUCAGCCGCCUACCCCUACUGCAGAACGUCGCGCGAGCAUUUCGCGCACCAAGCCUAGACCCAUCGCCUUUCCGGGUUCACAGUCGCCGUCGCUACACCUUUCUGGCCUACGAGAGUCGUUGCCAAACUUUGACCAAGAAGACUUUGGCGGCUUCAUCCACGACGAUCCAAGGGACGACAUUGUGGUAAUCGACGACUUUUUCCGUCCCUCUUCUGUGAGCGACCCCAAGACCGCCGCCGAUAUGACUGCCGGCCCUAUAGACUCGGCCAUGAGCCGUAGUCGACAGGACUCGUUCGUCUCUGCCGGCCCCAAGCCCAUUUCUAUGAUCAAUCCCAAUCGCGCCGACAACCGCCCAAGGCGAGAGAGCGUUGCUGGCAGUUUGAUGGGUGGCAUGAGCUGGGGAGGCAUGUCUGUUAGUAGUUUCAUUCGCGACGAGAUACAGAUGACGGGAACAUCACCAUACCCAACCCAUCAAUCGCCCUCACACCACUCCUCCUCAUACAUUCCAAAACUCGAAGCAAACUUCAUGCGCAACUUUACAUGUUGCGACAGGACAUGGCCGACCAUGCACGAUCUCCUGACUCAUUAUGAGGAGAGCCACACAAACGGCGCGCCGUCCGAGCGCAACGGCUCCCAGAUGAACGCCAAUGCCAGCCAGCAAACUCCCAAAACGCCCGCGCGGGCCUUGGCGAGCACGUCGACGUUCGGUACGCCACAGACCGCCCGUCCUAGCCAAGGACAAGGCCAACAGACUAGGCCUGGUGGCGUUGGUGCUGCGGGCACGGCCGCUUUGGGGAUGAGUGGACUCCAACAGUUGAUGCGCCAGCAGCAGCAACAGCAGCAGCAACAACAGAACACCAACCAAAAGCAAACCACUUCUUUGUCGCAGUUACAGAACGACGACUUGGACACAGUACAUGACAUGGAGAUGGACGAUCCGGUUGGUACUAUGGACCUAGACGAUGGUGACGGAGACGCUGGAAACGCGUCCAUUCAGCAAACCCGUCAGUUGUUCGGCCAGCAACAACGGAGCAAUAUGCCACUAAACAAUGCCUCUGGUCUCGUGCACCAAGGCCUGCGAACUUCGCAGCCUUCGACGCCACUUGCCGGUAACUUCAACUUCCAAGACCCGACCGUGUCCUCGGUAAACACGCCGACUCUCACCACACAUGGGCUACCGCAAACGACGCAGGGCCAGUUCGCAAAUACUUCAUUUGCAUCGAUGGACAGCGAUAUGGACGAAGAAAUUCCCGGAAUGCCGAUUCAAAUGAACCUGGGCAACAUGAACCUGAACUUCGCUGGUUUCGAUACCAGCAACUUGAACUGCAUACAAGACCCGGGCAAGCGCCUGUUCAGUCCAGGAGGCGCAACGCAAGCUCAGCAGCAACAGCAACAGCAGCAGCAGCAACAACACCAGCGAGAGCAGCAGAUUUUGAGGAAUCAACAGCUUCUCCAGCAGCAGCUUGCGCAGUUCAACCUCGAAACCCAGCAGUUCCCCCCAGGCACCAACACAGAAGCACUUCUAGCUCAGAUGAGGGAGAUGAUGAUGCCCGAGGAGAACAAGCCAUACAAGUGCCCUGUCAUUGGUUGCGAGAAGGCAUACAAGAACCAGAACGGACUGAAGUACCACAAGACACACGGACAUGCUACACAGCAACUGCAUGAGAACGGCGAUGGUACUUUCUCUAUAGUCAACCCAGAGACGUCUGCUCCUUACCCUGGAACCAUGGGGAUGGAGAAGGAAAAGCCAUUCAAGUGUGAGGCUUGCGGGAAGCGCUACAAGAACUUGAACGGCCUGAAAUACCACAAAGCACACUCUCCUUUCUGCGACCCUGAGCUCAAACUGCAACAGCAAAACGCUUUGGCGGUGGCAGCAGCGGCCGCUGCUCUGAACCAAAAUCAACUCGCUCUGAAUCUUGGCCUGAUUCACGGCGGUGGCGGUGGUGGCCUGCCCAACAUCAACGAGGAUACACUUUUAUAAGGCAUGCUGUCUGGAGUGUUACCCAAGGGUAUCAUUCACACACGUGUUGCCGGCGAUUGCCGCUUCACUAUUUCAAGUCCUUGCAUUUCCACUUGUGGCGUUUUGCAUAUCUCAACUAAUGUGAGUUGGGCGGCAUUAUUCUAUGUCUGCUUUGGUGCUUUUUCCCUUGCCUUUGUCCUUUCCUCUCAAAGCAUGUUUGGAGCAAUAUACCCCAUCUCUCCUCCCUAAUUAUAGACUAGCAUGGCAUACGCGCCUGGACUGCUGCGAGCUUUUCUGCUUCGUUGCCGACCUGAAGUGUACCAUUAUGUUUGGGUACUCGGGCCUCGACUUGGAUGGGGGGGCGGUUCCUGUUUGAUUGUCCCUUGAGGGUUUGCGAAAAAAUCUCUUUUCUCUGGUACAUGCUAUUCAAAAAUGAUACAGAAAAGCUUCUAUGGUUCUGCGUUUUCUUUUCUUUUUUUUUUUUCCCUUUGAAAGAGGUGGCUUGUACGGAGUAUAAUGCAUUUCUUUUUCGUUUCUUGUCUCUAAUUUUCUGCCAUUGUCAAGGAGGCCGUUACAAAAGUCAAAAAGGGAGUUUCAAAAGGGAGCACAUGAAUAGAAUCCAUUUUUUUUCUUUAGUUCUCUGCCCUCUCCUCUUGCGUCUGCUUUUGCUCCUCGAUACAGCGAGUUGAGGAGUAUACACGAAAAGCGAUACCUUCAGUAUCAUCAGGACUUAUUAGGGUGUGUCAUGUAUAUUGGCGGAGUUUGUUUGUCUUGUCUUGGACUGGAUAGGUAGCCAA